AAAAAAAACUGAUUUUUUAAUUAAUUCACACAAAUGAGAUGAUGAAGAAAGGCCAGCUCAGUGCCUGCAAUUUUUCUCUGCAUUAUUUUUGCACCAAACAUUAGUAGUGCACAUGCAUUGCUUCAUCAGCAAACCAACUCUUCAAUGCUCUCUCUAUAAAUUAAAACGUCACUUAAUUAUAACGCAUCUGAGCUCACAUAAGCAUAACUGAUAUCACAACACCUCUCUCUUGCUCUCGCUUUCUCUCACUCCCUCUCUCUCAUCUCUCAAUCAGAGUGAGCGAGCCGAUAUUUUUUUCCUUUGAAGAAAAUGGCUGUGAUGAUCAGAAAGUCGUACGGCGGCUACUCGAAGUUGGACAAGGAAGAUCCCGAAGAUGUAAAUCAUCGACGGGCGCAGUUCCUGAUCUACAAAGUGUUGCAGCAAGCAGAAACACGGCGAAGGCCUUCGAAUUUGAGGAUUCGGAUACGUAAACUGAAGGUGAAGAUUGGGAGGAGAUUAAAGAAGUUGAGGAAGAGCAUGCUUCUAAGUAUAUCUACCGCCAGGGUUUGUGUUUAUAAGCGAGUUUUUAAUCAACUAAAAACUUGCAUGACCUUGUUUGGCCGCGGAGAUCAGGGAACUGUCAAUGCAACUGUUCCAGUUUUGCUUACCUGAUUUAAAUAGUUUUAAUCAUGUCUCUUUACUUUCUUCUCAUCCAUCUUUUUUCAUAUAAAUACCAACUUGUAAUUUCGAUCGGCUUUUGAAUUUUGUUCCCAUAUAUGAUAUUAAACCAUAGAGUUCGCUUAUUUUCUU